CAAAAACGAAGAAAAAAGCCCGGUAAAUUGUACUAGAAAGGAAAACAGGAAAAUACCUGCAUUUGAGCACCACAUUUAUAGGUUAAUACACAUGCAGCAGAUUUCUUUUCCUUAAGAUGGACGAAACCAUUUUGUUUUUUCUGUGCAUCUAUUGGUGGUCUGUUUAUGAUCCUUCUCUGUGUCUAACAAUGGGUAACUGUAAAGUUACCCCACGAUUCUAUACUUAUUCGUCACACGACAAUAUACUCACUGAUCUGGGUGCGGGAAUUGAUGCUAAGUCAUUCUGGUGUAGUGAUGGGGCUUUACGGAACUCAUGGAUGGACUUGUAUCCCCACCUUGUCGUUAAUUUUGGUGCCACUAAGAAAACUAUUGUAGGACUAGCAUUGAAGGGACCAUCAGCUGCCCACAAGAAGUAUGGAUUCCCAUCUUUCCAAGUUUAUCAAUAUAUUGAUGGUAUUGACUUUUAUGAUGCUAUCAGAGAAACUCAUUACGAGAGUAGAAUCAUUAAGACAUUUACUGGGCUGACAGCUGAAGACAUUGUGAAGGGUGAAGUAAAAAAGCAUGAGUUUCCAUAUCCAGUCGAUGUUAAGAAAUUGAAGAUUUACUUUAAACUAAGACUUGGGCAGAGACGUAUUUGCACGAAAAUUGAGUUCUAUCAGGAUCCAGAGAAUUGUGGUGAAAAACGGAAGUAUAGAAAUAAAUGUCAUAUUAAAAAGGAUGGUUGCGAACACAGAUGUACAGACAUAGGUCUUUUUGGAUACAUUUGCCAUUGUGAACAUAACGAAGUACUAUGGAUUGAUGGAUUACAUUGUGUACAGCAAGAUCUUAGUGUGAGUUUCCAUUCGAAGGAAAGAAAUGAUGUGUCUAAAGCACAAGAGAUUUGUUCAGCUUCUCAAUCAAAGUUAGCUACUAUUUUUGAUAAAUGGGAGAAUCAUAAUGUGGUGAAACAGAUGAAGAACUCUAAAUAUUCUUUUAUAGGUGUUGUGGAUGUGGACUAUGAUCAAAGCUACAGUCGAUGGAUAGAUGGGACAGACGUCGUAUUUGACAAAUUUGAGGAAACCCGUCGUUAUCCAGGUUCCAUUGGCCUUAUGUCUACAGAUCGGUGGACAUUUAAGAACUCUAGUGAUCACUUUGACAUUUUGUGUCGUUAUGGAAGUCAAGAUGGUUACUUGUUAACAAGCUUCUAUGGUAUAGAGCUUGACCAAUUGGUUUCAUCACCGUCUCUGGUGAAAAAAUCACUAGCAUCAAUUUCUGCCUUUGAUGUUAAAAGGAGUCUUCGUGGUUUUAAGGCUUAUUUAACAACUGACUCAGGGGAGCCUUAUGGAUUGUUCUGGAGACCAAAAAAUCCUACCAUGAAGAAUAAGUUCUUGGAGGUAAUGCUCAAAGAGAAUGAGAUUGAAAUAUUUGGUGUCGUUGUAAUAGGCUACAGUUGUACAAGCUCAACAGUAAAGUACAGACUGAGGAAAAAUCAUGCCCCUUUACAACAGAAAGAGUACAAGUUCUCUGUUCCGGCACACAGUGAAAAACUUCAGUUUGUUAAGCCAUCCUUUAAAGCCAGAAGGAUUGGAGUGCAACUUGAUGAUUCUGCUGAUUGUGAAGGUUAUAAGUGGGACAUUGUUGGAAAAUUGACAGUGAGAGACAUACAUGAUCAUUGUGUGACAAAGUGUGACCAUGAAUGUAUCCCAACUCAACAAGGAUUCUACUGCAUGUGUAGGAGAAAUUACCACAUGCAUUCUGAUGGAAGGAAUUGUGUCAAAGAUGCUCGGCCUCCGUAUAGUGAACCUAAGCUAUUGGCUCUUGAUUACCCUGUAUUUAAAAAUAAUUGGUUAAAGUUACUUGCGAUGUCACCUACAUAUUAUGAGUUUAAAGACAUGUUAACGAAGUUCCAUUAUGCAGUUCAGUAUUGCAGAGAGUAUGGGGGAUAUCUGCCAUCCAUUCAUACGAUUUUUGAGCAUAGAUUGAUGUACUCGGAUCUUAUGAGCCAUCCUACCUGCACUAAAUGGUUUCUUGGUCUAAACGGGACGUCUCUGAUGCACAGUGCCUGGCAGGAUGGCUCCUGGGUUGACUUUGCGCUGUUUGAGGGAACAGUGCCUGAACAUACAGAUGAGGAGCAAGUGGUUUUCAUGGACAAGGAACUAUUUUACAUGUGGAAUUAUGGUCCGGCUUCCACAAUAGAAGGCUGCUUUGUGUGCCAGUAUAAGCAACUGGACUGUACUCGACCUAUCCUGACAGGACCAUAUCAGAUCCCCAAAAGUGCAUGGAAAGCCAAAGGAUUCACACUUGAUGAUAGAAUGCUGAAUAACAUUCUACUUGACCUUCGUAGUGGGUUGCAGUAUUUUGAGACUAACACAGCUGAUAGCUAUAUACAGGGAUACGGGAGACUGCAGGUCUCUUGA